UGUUGUUGUUAGCUUUAAUAGCUUCUUCUGUUGAUGCCGCCGCUGCCGUCGCUUUCGUGCUGUGCGUUCUCGUUCGGCCUGAGCAGCAGCAGCAGCUCAUCGCAACAACAGUCGCACUCAUUCAUUGAACACGUUCAGUUGUUGAACGCUCGGUUACUCGGUUGAUACUCACCGAAUUGAAUUGCGUGCGUGCAGUGCCUAUACUUACAUGUGUGUGUGUGUUAAAGUGCAUGCAGCAAAUGCAUAGAAUAUGUUCUUUCGAACAUUUUGUGCUAUAUUUUAGUGGUGUUUAGGAAAAAAAUACAAAGCGAUUUGAAAAAAAGAAAUUGUUGAAUGGUCAAAAAUUCUGUGCAACCGGAUUUUUGGCGGUGAUUUAUUGUGGUACAGUUCAAUAGUGCAACAAAAGCAUAUCCGCAUCGCCACAUCCACCGAUUUAGUGGCGGGAAAGUGCUUAAAAGCAGCUGCAGUGAAAACCAAUAACAAAACAAAGAUUUCCACGCCAACACACACCUGCACAUAUUUUAUACACACAAACACACACCAUAAACAAUACAAAGUAUAAAUAAUACCAAGUAACAAGCUAAACAGCUGCCUCUGCAAAAAUUCUAAUUGUUUAGCAUAAAGCAAUUAACGACUUGAUUGUCGAAAUAAGCACACAUAUAAAGUAUACACAAACAUGGAGACUGAAUCGCUUAAUCGGAAAAAUUCCUCACGGAAAAGUUCGGUAAUCAAUGGCAAUGGCGAUGCGCCGGCCAAGGUGACGACGGAAGGUGAGGGCGGCGACGGUGGCGGCGGUGGUGAGGUGACUUUAAAGGCGAAAAUGAGUUUGAUCAACGGCUGCACGGUGAUCGUCGGCUCGAUCAUUGGCUCCGGCAUCUUCGUGUCGCCCACUGGCGUGCUGCGCUAUACCGGAAGCGUGAACUUGUCGCUGAUCGUGUGGGUUAUUUCCGGCCUCUUUUCGAUGGUCGGUGCCUACUGCUAUGCCGAGUUGGGCACAAUGAUCACCAAGUCUGGUGCGGAUUAUGCCUACAUCAUGGAGACAUUUGGUCCCUUCAUGGCCUUCAUACGUCUGUGGAUCGAGUGUAUGAUUGUGCGCCCCUGCUCACAGGCGAUUGUGGCGCUCACCUUCAGCGUCUACGUGAUGAAGCCGUUCUUUCCGGAUUGCCAGCCACCAGAUGAUUCGGCGCGCAUGUUGGCCGUGUGUUGCAUAUUGGUGCUGACUUUCGUCAACUGCUGGGACGUUAAAUGGGCCACCGCUGUGCAGGACAUCUUCACAUAUGCCAAGCUAUUGGCGCUCUUCAUCAUCAUCGCCACCGGCGUCUAUCAACUGUACUUGGGCAAAUUGGAAUAUUUUACAUUCGAGAAUACGGACACAAAAGUGACAUCGCUAGCGUUGUCCUUCUACUCCGGAUUGUUUGCUUACAAUGGCUGGAAUUACUUGAAUUUCAUUAUUGAGGAACUGAAGGAUCCGGUAAAGAAUUUGCCACGCGCCAUCGCCAUAUCCUGUACGCUGGUCACAAUUGUCUACGUGAUGGCCAACGUUGCCUUCUACACCAUAUUGUCGCCGGAAGAGGUUCUCGGUUCGGCCGCUGUGGCGGUGACCUAUGCGGAGCGCGCUUUCGGCAUAUUUGCGUGGACGGUACCAGUUUUCGUUGCGCUGUCCACCUUCGGCGCCGUGAAUGGUAUUUUGCUCACCUCAUCACGUCUUUUCUACGCUGGCGCCAAUGAAGGUCAAAUGCCGGAAAUCUUAACAAUGAUUCAGAUACAACGAUUCACGCCCACGCCUGCUGUGCUAAUAAUGGCGCUGCUGUCGAUGUUGUACCUCACAGUCUCUGAUAUAUUCGCGCUCAUCAAUUAUGUGGGCUUUGCCACUUGGUUGAGCAUAGGUGUUUCUGUACUCUGUCUUCCCUGGUUGCGUUAUGCUCAACCCAAUUUGCCACGCCCCAUACGUGUACCGCUCGUUUUUCCCGUUAUUUAUCUACUCGCCACCAUUUUCGUUACCGUUGUGCCCAUGUACGCUAGCCCUGUGGAAACCGGUUAUGGCAUCCUAAUGAUCUUGAGCAGCAUACCUGUCUAUUUGGUGUUCAUCGCGUGGAAAAACAAACCGAUUUGGUUCCAGAAAACAAUGGGUGGAUUCACUCAAGGACUGCAAAAAAUGUUGAUGGUUGUACGACCAAAAGCUUCCGCUUCAAAGUAAGCCUCACACGUUUCCUACAGAAGACGCUAAUGGUAGUCGGCAAAAGUAAACCAGCUCAGGUGUAAAUGUCAUAACCAUGGAUUCAUAACGCUACAUACACACAUACAUACAUAUAGAACUGUAUAUGUAUAUAUAUAUACAUAAACCGUGCAGCCAUGUACGAUUUCUCACAAGGCAUUUAAGAAUUUGCAUUGAUGUAGGCUCCCAUAUAGUAGUGCUUACCUAUAUGUAUAUUUUAAUUUUAAAAAGAAAUGAUGCAAAGCAGAAUGCUUUUGUGAAUUGAAGCUCCGUUAUACAGUAAUCCUAAGUUUAAGUAAUUUAAGGUGGCUAAAAAAUAUAAAGAAUUGUUGAACAAGGCUAAAUAAGCAUAAACUGUUAUACGAACUUUUGGAGGGGACCACUACCAAAACAGCAAAACCAGUGUA